AUGGUGCCGCUCGCCCGCCAGCACCGCAGCUUCCAUGACUACUUCAUAACCCAUAUCCCCUCGAGCUCCCUGUCUCCCGACUCGCGAACCCAGCCCGCGCUUCACCAUCGACUCCCCCGCGACAAGAGCACGCCUUACAAUGCCGACCAGACGAGCCGUUCGCCCGCUGCUGUCAUCGGUCCGCCGUCGCGAGACAUGACGGUUGUGCGCAUACCGUUGAAGAGUGCCAAACACCACUUUGGCGUGUCAUUAUCCCGAGGGGCACGGCCGUACAAUGAGGAUGCAUUCCAAGCCGGCACCAUCGACCUCCCCGCAUUCGCGAAGCGGCGGCCCAUUUCCCUGACCAGAAAGGGGCAGAGUGGGGACGAUGGCCAAGUUACACCAGAAGUAGGCGCGAGUGGCGAUCCUCAGGUGUUCUACUUUGGUGUUUUUGACGGACAUGGCGGUGCCGAGUGCUCAGGGUUCCUCAGGGAGCAGCUGCAUGACUACUUGGAAAAGGCGACACAGCAAUUUGAGUUGAAGAGCAGUCUCACACGGGACAGAGGCGAGGCACACGCAGGCAGCCCAAAAGCAAAGGGCCAAGCUACGUCUGGAGAUCAAAGACAGAGGGACAAAGAGAGCCUAGAGGCCAUUGAGACUCAUACGCCGCCCGGGACGCAAGUUAUGAAGCCACCACAGCCCGGUACCAAGGACCAACUACCAACGGCGGGGUCCAAAUCGACUGAGAGUGCCAUGGCUGGUGUGCCGCCGGUCAAGCAAUCGGACAGCAUACGCAAGGCAGAGGAGCUGGAACGACAGCUGGUCAAACAGUGGAAGGAGCUGGUUGGCGGAUACUUUCGACGCUUCAAACCAGAGUACUUUUCCAUGUCGGCAGGUGGACAAGGCCAUGCUGCUGAAAAGGAGGUUGUGGAGAGGAGGCAGGCAAGCUCAUCGGGCAUAUCAGACAGGGUUGAAGAGGGCAUUGGGAUUGAGACUGUGCUUGAGUAUGCCUUCCUCAAGGCCGACUACGACUUUGUUGCGGCACAGGUGGGCAAGAAGGAAGAGGAUGUUGUUCGAGCAGACAAGGCACUGAACGACGAUGACAUUCUUGGCCAACCAUCGCGCACCACGAGCAGACACAUUGGCGGAGAAAACCGAUUCAAGGGCGGCAGCACAUGCAGUGUGGCACUUAUUUCUACACCGACGGCAUCGCCAUUCUGGCACCCAUCUUCGCCAUCAUCACUGAUUACAGCGCACGUGGGAGACACGAGGAUACUUUUGUGCAAUACAGCAACUGGACUGGCUGUGCCGUUGACGUCAAACCACCAUCCGUCGCUGCCAGAAGAAGCCACUCGACUCCGACGGUUUGCCGCAUCGCUUGUGACAGACUCGUUCGGAGAGGAGCGUAUGUCUGGGCUGGCGAACACGCGGUCAUUUGGCGACAUGGCGUCGAAGCGGGUUGGAGUGUCUGCAGAGCCAGAGAUACGACGGAUCGAACUGUCGCCAGCCGAGUAUUCAUUCCUGGUUCUUUGCUCGGAUGGGGUGUCAGGACACCUUUCAGACCAAGAGAUUGUAGACAUUGUCAAGGAGGCAAAGACGCCGGAGCAGGCAGCGCGGGACAUGGUUAGCUUUGCUGUGGAGACGUCGACGGGCAGCGAAGGAGCGGACAAUGCGACGGGGCUGGUGGUGCGACUGGGAGGAUGGGAGCGGCGGGGCGAAGGAGGGCUAGGCAGUUUGGGCACCAAGGAGAUGCGGGACUGGAGGAGGCAGGAAGCAGAGAACCCGAGAGCCAUGGGACGGAUGUAA